GUGCCACUAGGUGCGUACGACAAUAUAUAUCACUAGGAAACACCAUUAGAAGACUCAUCAGCAUGUCCACAUCCCACCGUGCCAUAUAAAGUGGAGAAACACUUUCGCUGUGAUCCCCAGCAGCUUGACAUAUUCUUCCAGCACAGUUCUAGCAUGUUCAGCUGUUCAUCUUUGCUAACCUCCUUCGAGGCCCGAGGGAGACCCGGGCCGUCAUUUCCCCGAAAACGCAUGUGCGUAGGAUAAGAAGUUGCAUAUGAUGUAACGCUGUUUUUCGCUCUCACCUCACAGUAUCUCCUGCGGACAAUGUCUUUCGGAAAGGUUAUUCAGCUGAAUACAGGUGCAACCAUCCCCGAGAUCGGUCUCGGCACCUGCUCUGAUCAAAACAAAGUCGAAAGUGCUGUCGAGAUCGCUGUCCGCAAUGGUUACCGUCACCUUGAUCUUGCCAUGAUCUACCAGAAUCAGGACGAGGUCGGACGCGCGCUGAAGAAAGUCAUAUUGUCUGUCGUUACUCGCGAGCAGCUUUUCAUUACCUCGAAACUCUGGAACUGCUCGCAUCAACAAGGACCAGCUGAGGCAGAGCUUGACGAGACGCUGAAGCAGCUUGGACUCACCUACCUCGAUCUCUAUCUUGUACACUGGCCUGUUGCAUUCGAGCCUGGACACGGUCUUAGGCCUUCACAUCCGACUAAGGAAGGAGAAGCAUACUUGGACCUUAAGACCUCCCUUGUCAAAUCUAUUGGCGUUUCCAAUUUCACGAUCGAGCACAUUCAAGGCUUGAUUGACGCUACUGGCGUCGCUCCUGCUGUGAACCAGAUUGAGGCCCACCCUCUGCUUCCUCAAGAUGACCUCGCUGCCUACUGCAAGCAGGUAGGCGUCCAUAUCACCGCUUACAGUCCGCUAGGCAACAACGGCGUUGGCAAGCCUAUGCUUACCGAAAACGUUGUAGUGAAAGAAGUCGCUGAGAAACUCGGCGCAACCCCUGCCCAGGUUCUCGUUGCUUGGGGAGUUUACCGGGGCUACUCUGUUAUCCCAAAGUCUGUGCAGGAGGGCCGAAUUAUCUCAAACUUCAAGCAGAUUGCACUCAGCAAGGAAGACUACGAAAAGGUUACAGCGAUUGGAGCGCCAGGCAACUUUGAGCGUUUCAAUAUUCCUUUUCGUUAUAUACCUAAGUGGGACAUCAAUCUCUUUGAUGAUGAACUUGAAAAGACUGCUACCUACCGGGUCAAUAUUGUAUAG